CUGUGUCUAUGCUCCCGCCCGGAUGAGAUGCGGGAGGACACAGGCCAAAAUGUCUAGACAUCUUCGCUUUGUUGCUCGAACUGUAAUGGUUCAGGAGGGAAACGUUGAUGCAGCAUAUAAAGCGUUAAAUCGAGUGUUGUCUAAUGAUGGCAUUUUGGAGACAGUAAAGCGGAAGAGGUACUAUGAGAAGCCUUGUCGCCAACGGCAGCGGGAGAACUACGAGAACUGCAGGAGGAUCUACCACGCAGAGAUGGCCCGAAGAAUCUCCUUUCUUUCUAAGGCCAACCGGCCAGAUCCCUGGCUUGGCUGCUGAGAAGGCUGCUGGCUUGUUUUUUUUUUUUACUGAAGGCAUAUGACUUGUACUGGCGUAUACUGACUUACCAUAUGGCUGAUUCAGAUGCCCUCUCAAGACGUUGUUGAAGUGUUUGUUUGUCUGGUCUUGCUAUGUUGUGAGGCUCUCUUGUUAAGGACACCAAUCAAUGUUGCCUCCCCCCAGCCAUCUUAAACAUUAUUACACAAAAUAACAUAAAUAUGAUCAAACAAAAAGAAUGCUUAUAAAUUAUCAAUUAAAAAUGUAUUAUGUU